GCAAGCCUUUAUCGUUUACGCCAGCACCAUUGAUCAGUUGACCAGUUAGAAAAAGAAGAAAACUGAGAAAUUGACGUUUGACAUUUGGCAGAUUCUUUCCGUUCCCAAGUUAAGCACGCGGUUGAUUUGUUAUUUUUCCAAGAGAAUUUAGUAUGGCCCCGCGAUAUGAAAUUGCUGUGGGUCUCAAGAAGGGUCACAAAACCACAAAAAUCCCCUCCGGCAAAACCAAAGCGGACAAAGUGCGUCCCGCCAGGUUGAAGGGGAUCCAAACGAAACACACAAAGUUCGUUCGGGAUUUGAUCCGUGAAGUUGUGGGUCAUGCACCAUAUGAAAAACGUGCGAUGGAAUUACUAAAGGUUUCCAAGGAUAAGAGAGCACUCAAGUUCUUGAAGCGUCGUUUGGGUACUCACAUCAGGGCUAAGAGGAAGCGCGAAGAAUUAUCCAACAUCCUUACACAAAUGCGGAAAGCUGCUGCUGCUACACAUAAGUAAUUUGUAGUUUGGGUUGUUAAAAAAUAAAAAUUUCAAAACAA